GUGGCUGAGGGCGGGGCUGAGGCGGCUGCUGCCCAGCUGGGCCGGACAGCUCCGCGCGCCGCGGCCUGGUGGGCCCCGAAGGCCCCGCGGACUGCGGCCCCAGCCGAGCUGCGCGGCGGGGGUGGCUCUGGCUCCGUUGGCGUCCCAGGCCCGCUCGCCUUCCUUCCGAAAGCCGGGCGCGUCGCUCCCCGCUGCCGAGCCUGCGGUCGCCGCGCACCGGAUGCGAGCGUCCGCGAGGCACCGGAAGUGUCCUCCGAGGCCGAGGGGCGGCGCGGCGCGAGAGAGGGAGGAUUUGAGCAUUGUGAGUAGUUCUGGACUUGAGACCUUUUGGAGCCAAAAGGAAGACAGUAGACGACAGUCUUGAAACUUUAAUGAAUGUUAUCUGCCUUGAGAAAUCAAAUUCUCAGGACCAGGAAGUAAAUGCAACUUUUCUUCUGUCUAGAUUCUAGAGUAAUGGACAUGUACUGAACGGCACCUUAUGAGUUAUCUAAGACCCCCAUGGAUGCCAGAUAAGAGUUUCCUUUCCAAGUUGGAACACAGGUUUGGAGAUACCAAGUAAGAAAUCCAUGUAUAUGAUGCUGGAAACUUGCAGAGGCAGACUGCCCAUGACUGAAAGGCUUGGCAUAGAUGGACCUUCUAAGUCCUUACCAAGAAAAUGACUAAGGAGGCAGGGAUGGGCCAAGAAGACCCAUGGAACACGCCCUAGGAGAGAGCCAUAGAAGAUGUACACUUCAGAAGAGAGAUGGGAUCAGCGAACUCAGAAAAGGAAAGUUCACGCGCGCCCUCAGAAGGGUAAGAAGAUUUUCAUUCAUGUGCGUCAGAUUGCUCCAAUAGAUAAUCAGAUAUACGAGUGCCUUGAACGUGAACGAGACUUCUGUGAAAACUUAGCUCUUAUUAUGUGUGAGAGGACCCACACUGGGGAGAAACCUUACAGAUGUGAUAUGUGUGAGAAAACCUUCAUCCAGAGCUCAGAUCUUAUUUCCCACCAGAGGAUCCACAAUUAUGAGAAACCUUAUAAAUGCAGCAAAUGUGAGAAGAGCUUUUGGCACCAUCUGGCCCUUUCAGGACACCAGAGAACACAUGCAGGUAAAAAAUUCUAUACAUGUGACAUUUGUGGCAAGAAUUUUGGUCAGAGCUCUGAUCUGCUUGUUCACCAGCGAAGUCAUACAGGCGAAAAACCGUAUCUGUGUAGUGAGUGCGAUAAGUGCUUUAGUCGAAGUACCAACCUAAUAAGGCACCGAAGAACUCACACAGGUGAGAAGCCAUUUAAGUGUCUAGAGUGUGAAAAAGCUUUCAGUGGGAAAUCAGACCUGAUCAGCCACCAGAGAACACACACUGGCGAAAGACCCUACAAGUGUAACAAGUGUGAGAAGAGUUAUCGACACCGUUCAGCCUUCAUUGUACAUAAGAGAGUUCACACCGGGGAGAAGCCCUACAAGUGUGGUGCCUGUGAGAAAUGCUUUGGCCAGAAGUCAGACCUUAUUGUGCACCAGAGAGUCCACACAGGUGAGAAACCCUAUAAAUGCUUGGAAUGCAUGAGGAGUUUUACUCGCAGUGCCAACCUCAUUAGGCACCAGGCAACUCACACUCACACGUUUAAAUGCCUUGAGUAUGAGAAGGGCUUCAGCUGCAGCUCGGACCUUAUUGUGCAUCAGAGAAUUCACGUGGAAGAGAAACCACAUCAGUGGUCUACAUGCGAGAGUGGCUUCCUCUUAGGUAUGGACUUUGUCGCCCAACAGAAAAUGAGAACUCAGACGGAGGAGCUGCAUUAUAAGUACAGUGGGUGUGAGAAAAGCUUUCACCAGAGCUCAGCCCUGCUCCAACAUCAGGCAGUGCACAUUGGUGAAAAACCAUAUAUCUGUAAUGUGGGUGACAAAGGUCUCGAGCUCAGCCCUCCUCAUGCUUCAGAAGCCUCACAAAUGUCUUGACCAGGCAAGAAUCAUGAUACCAUGAAAAAUAAAAUUACACAUCAUAGAGCUCAUUGGGAUCAAGAACCCUAGGUGAAUCUCAGCCUUGGCUCAGGGCUCAAACUUCAGUGGGGACCAGAGAGCCUGCAGUUGUGGGAAGCAUGAGGAAUGUGUCACCUGGAAGUGCCACCCUAACAGCCACUCCAGUGAGAAACUCCACAGAGGCUCUGAGUCUGGGAAAGCCGUAGUCUGAGCUCGCUCCCCUGCAGGAUUCACACAGGUAGGAAACAUGCAGUGCACAUGAGAGCUCUCUAGCAGGGCUCAGCCCUCCUCAUUGCAGAGAAGAGCUUUUUAAAUGCCUUCAGUGUCAGCAGAGCUCAUACAGGAUGUACAUCUCACUGGACACCAGAAAACCCAUCUGGGGAGAAGCCCCAGCAAGUGUGGAAAAAGCUUCUAACAGAACUCUGACUUUCUUACCCACCAGAGAAGACAUACUGGUGAAAAAUCGUGUAUUUGUCUUGAGUGUGACAAAAGCAUUAGCUGGAGAGUCUUCCUUGGGUUUGAACCAAAAAAAGAAAAUAGAAAAAAAAUCUGAGGAAAGAUCUUGUAAGUGUCUGAGAAAAGCUUGUUGGGGGCUCACACAGGUGAAAACCCACAAAUACCUGAGUCUGGAGAAGCCUUGCUAGUAGCUCCUUUUUUAUCGGGCUUAAAGAACCCAUUCUGCAGAGAAGCUUGCCUCAUUAAGAAGUCUAAUUGUUAAUUGUGGGUGAGAAUCUGUGUAUAUAUAGUACUUGUAAGAACUGGUCUCAAACUCAGUUGACCCAUGUGGUAGAACAUUAAGCGGAGUCAGUAUGGAAAUCAUUUUUUAGAUACCCAGAAGCUUGUUCUGGGAAGAGCUGGGGCAGGUCAUAAUAGACCUGAUGGGUAACUCAGGUAAAGAUACUUUUCUUUUAUCUGAACCACUUAAUGAUUGCUUUAUUUUCACUUUUUAAAAUUCAGAAAUCCAAUAAAGGAAAGGACUGUCACCUUGCAGUAGAAGACAUGGCAUGUGUCACUGUUUGGGAAAGGAGAAUACUGAUCUUUUCUUUGUUUCACCCUUGGCUAGAAUGGGACUAGUGUUCUGGUAGUGACAUAGGAACCCUUCACUGGCUGUGAGAAGCGCCUAGAAGCCAGGAAGUAGUUAUCCUAAAUUAAGUCUCCCAACAGUUUCAGCCCCUUUGCAGGAUCGACCUAUAAAAAAGAAUACUUAGCUUUAUUGUAUAUUGAGGCAAACCUCAGAAUUUCUCUUUUCCCUAAAACAUCUUCUGGGUUAUCGUUAGUAUUUGAAAUUUCAAAUUUAGGGAUUCAUUUCUUUGCAACUCUAAAUACAAAUUAUAGGAUAAUGGUUGUGAUGUGGUCAGUGUCCAUAUUUUUUGACUUGACUUAUUGUCCCUUUUAGUGAUAAAUGCCAUCCUUGGGUUCCUGGCUGAAUGGCUAGGGGAAGGCUGAAAGAAAGGUCACACCUGAGUGGGCUCAGCGAGACUCCCGGUGGUGCCUGUCGAUGGAGGACCAAGACUGGUUCCACUCGGAGCUUCCUGACACUUCACAGCUGGCAUUUCUCCAUUAUCCUGCUGUUUGUAGCAAAUCAAGCCUCAUAAUGAUACAUCUUUUCAUUUAUUUCAGUUCUUCCAAGGAAAGAGAAAAAUACAUUUUAAUCCCAGGGAAAGGAUUGCAGUCAUCACAAUAUAAGGUAUAUAUAUAUAUAGGCUUGGAAUGCAGGAUUCUAAAUGCUAGAAGGGAGUAAAUGGUGGAUCCACUGGAAGUUUAAGAAUAAAUGCUCGUUUCCCAUUUAACAGGGUAGUGGUUGUAUUUAACGUUCUUUAGAAGUAACAAAUAUCCAAGAAUUGAAAAACGUUCACUUCUCAGGUUUUUUUUCUCCCAUCAGAUUAAAAGACAUUUAAUACAAAUACUUCAAAUUCCUACAGUAUUUGGAACUCUACAGGCAGGUGAAUGAUUCGUUUCUGGUCAGAGUCCUUUGUUUUUGGUUGACUUCUCUUAGCAGACCCCUGAACUCCAGAGGGAUUGGCAUUGGAUUCAUGGAGUCGGCCCACAGCUGCCUUGUGUGAGACGGAAGCUUUGAUCUAACGGUGGGCUAGUGAGCCUGAUAGUCUUAGGGCUGGUGGUUGUAACUCUUAAUGAUAUCAAAGAAUCUGAUUCUGGAACUUUUUCUUUUAGAAAAUGCCCUGUUAAGUUUUAGUUGUUUCGACAUGUUUCCACAAUUUUUAUAAAUGGCUCUUAUGUCAUGAAAAGUUGCCCAGUGUGAUAAAACACAAAGGAUGUGUUUUUUCCUUUGGUGAAGGUCAUGCCUAUCCCUAGUAUGACAGUUGUAACACCUACAGGUCUUAGGGGUGUGGCAUGGCAGUGACAAAGAUGGGUCCUUUUGGCUGCUUAUUAGUAAUUAGACCUUGGAGAAGGGACAGAAUAGGUGUCAUCAGCAGGCCGGUGCCAUGCCCCUUCUCUCAACUCAUCUUACUGGUGAUUUCUCUAGUUUUAAAUGAACCAUGGGCCAUCCCUCAAGUGGAGAUCUUUGCGGGUGAGAAACAGGUCUGAGGGCCGUUAACCAUGGGGGAGAGGCACUGGAUUGGUAUUAAUCGUAUAGCCUAACCUGAGGUUGGAGAGGACCACUUGGGAGCCUGCAACCAAAACUAGAAGGUAACUUCUGGGAUGGAUGGAGGUUCCCUUGAAGCAGUGCCAACCUAAAUCUACCUCAGGUAAGUAGUUAGAGUAACUUUUUCAAUAUUUCAGACCAAAUGAGAAAUUGUAUUCAAUGUAUUCCUAUGCUUAACGUUUUGUUUCCCCUUAAUUCUUAAAUAAACAUUUGUGAAAAACUC